GGCGAGUGGGGGAGGGGCGGCAGAAGCUACCAGAAGGGGCAAUGGGCGGGCUCCUGCAGAGCCUCCUGGGAAGGGGCCCGGGAGAUGAAGAGACAGAUUCUUGAGAAGUUUGUCUUCAUACUGUACUUAAUACUACAUUGAAGAAAGAAGCGCAAAGACCUACAUCCAUCUCUCCUUCUUUAUUGCCCAAGGAGCCCCAAGCCUCCUCACUGUUCAUGCCCAUCCUCAGAAACAGUUUCCCAGGCAUCUCAUCUCGAGCCUUCCUGCAUUAGCAGGCCUGGGCACUCUUACCUGCAGCACUGCCCUUGCCAAUACCCGAGUUCUUUCUUAGGACUGACUACCUCUUACAGGGCCAUGCAGUGAGAUUAAGAAGACGUUGAUGGAUUUGGAAAGUAAUUGGCGAGAUCUUCAUUUUACUCCCAACUCUUUCCACUGCAUAUGACUGACUCGAUUGCUUGAAGAGAAGGAAACGGCAAUUGGAAGAGGUCCCUACCCAGACUGCUUUGGAAUCAUGAGAGAUGAAAUUGCAACAGCAGUUUUUUUUGUCACAAGACUGGCGAAAAAGCACGAGAAACUGAGUACCCAACAGAUAGAAACCUUCGCGCUGAAGCUGAUGACUGUCUUGUUUGAAAAGUACAGAGGUCACUGGCACCCUGACUGCCCUUCUAAGGGGCAGGCUUUUAGGUGUAUCAGGAUAAACAACAACGAGAAUAAAGACCCUGUUUUAGAAAGGGCUUGUUCUGAGAGUAAUGUGAAUUUUUUUCAUCUGGGACUUCCAAAGGAGAUGACCAUAUGGGUCGAUCCCUUUGAGGUGUGCUGUAGGUAUGGUGAGAAAAAGCAUCCCUUCACAAUUGCUUCUUUUAAAGGUAGAUGGGAGAACUGGGAAUUAGCUCAGAGUGUCAGCUGUGCAGUUAACAAAGCCACAGGAGACUGCUCUCCCAGCGCAUCUUCUGAUGAGGAGAGCUGCGGCAGGGAGGCCCAGGCCAUCCCCAAAGUGAACAACCCCAAGAGCAUCUACCAGGUUGAAAACUUCAAACCGUCCUUCCAGCCGUGGCUCUGCCUCCCCCGCAGAAAGCAUUUGGCAGAUGGUCAUGGCUGCCUCCUGGGGGCUGCUUACCACCCAAUGCCCAAGAACUCUAAGUGGUGCAGGCAUGCUGGGCAUCGGGUGGACAGGUAUCACUGGGUCAACACACAGUUGAUCAGUGGUCAGACAGCACCAGGCGAGCUUGGAGAAGAGGCCUUGUCUUCCCGAAAGCAAAAAUGAGGGUAGAGCUAAGAAAUACUCCCAGUAAAAAAACACAACAAACAAAACAAACGGCUGCUUCGGGGAUGUGAGCAUACAAGGCCACCCUUGCACACAGAACUGCUUCAGGGAUGUGAGCAUACAAGGCCAUCCUUGCACACAGAUUGCCACCUGACUUUUAGCUACUUUUAAUUCUCAUUUUACUUUAUGUAACGUUUUAUGAACACUAGUGAAUAUAUGUGCCAAGUAAAGUGAUAGAAUGAAAAUAUUGCCUGUGAUAAAAUAAAAUGAAUUUUAGGAAGAAAGACUUGAAAUAAAUACUCUUGUGUUUUUAACAAA